UCCGUCCAGAGGAGGAACAGCAGCAGCGGCAUAAAUGGACGUUAGGGAGAGCCCCUGACUGGCCCCCGUGUCGGGAGAAAUAAAGAGACCAAAGCAGAGAGAGCAGAUAAAGAGAGAAGGGCUCCCAGUUCCUGGUGUCCCUCUAGAAAGAGAAGCUGAGCAGCCCAGCGAUUAUCUGACUUCAUCACUUACUCUGUAUGUGACGGUGGGCCGGCGAUUAACUUCUCGGAGCCUUGGUUUCCUCAUUUAUAAAACAGGGAUAACAGAACUCCCUGGGAGGAUGGCUGCGAGGACUUCACGGGAUGGCUAGGCCAAAAACGGGUCAUCGUAAAUGCUCUGAGCAAAGGGAUACGGAUUACCACCUUCUCCAGGAAGAGCUGAACAGAGCGCCUGGCAGAGGCUGAUUCACUUGGUUAGGUGCCUUGGGGGCCAGGUGCCUCGGGCCAUUGUCUAGGCGGGUGUGUGUAAGCCAAGGAAGCAUGAGGACGCCAGAAGACUCUUCGGGGACAGUUCUGCACCGCCUCAUCCAGGAGCAGCUGCGCUAUGGCAACCUGACUGAGACGCGCACACUGCUGGCCAUUCAGCAGCAGGCCUUGCGGGGUGGGGCUGGAGCUGGGGGCACAGGGAGCCCCCAGGCCUCCCUGGAGAUCUUGGCACCUGAAGACAGUCAGGUGCUACAGCAGGCCACAAGGCAGGAGCCCCAGGGCCAGGAGCACCAGAGCAGUGACACCCAUCUGGCAGAGAACACCCUCUACCGGCUGUACCCCCAGCCCAGCAAGGGCGAGGAGCUGCCCACUUAUGAGGAGGCUAAAGCUCACUCACAGUACUACGCGGCCCAGCAGGCCGGGCCCCGGCCACAUGUUGGGGUCCGGGAUCCUCGUGGGGCCCCAGGAGGCAAUCGGAGGCAGGAUGAGGCCCUGCGGGAGCUGAGGCACGGGCAUGUGCGCUCCCUAAGUGAACGGCUCCUGCAGCUGUCCCUGGAGAGGAAUGGUGCCCGGGUCCCCAGCCACAUGAGCUCCUCCCACAGCUUCCCACAGCUGGCCCGAAACCAGCAGGGCCCCCCAGCCAGAGGCCCCCCUGCUGAGGGCCCAGAGCCCCGGGGACCUCCACCUCAAUAUCCACAUGUGAUGCUAGCUCAUGAGACCACCACUGCCGCAACCAACCCCCGGUACCGUGCCCGUGGCAGCCCGCAUUUCCAGCAUGCUGAAGUCAGGAUUCUGCAGGCCCAGGUGCCCCCUGUGUUCCUCCAGCAGCAGCAGUACCAGUAUAUGCAGCAGCCCCAGGAGCCCCCGCUGGCUCCACACCCAGCCGCUCUCAGUCACGGCCCCCUAGGCUCUCUCAGUCCUCCUGGGAUGGAGGGGCCAGCUAGCACCCAGGCCUCCUCAGCCACCUCAGGCAGUGCCCAGCUGGCCCAGCUGGAGACUGUGCUGAGGGAGAAUGCCAGGCUUCAGAGGGACAAUGAGAGGCUGCAGCGGGAGCUGGAAAGCUCGGCGGAGAAGGCUGGCCGCAUUGAGAAGUUGGAAAGUGAAAUCCAGCGGCUCUCUGAAGCCCAUGAGAGCCUGACGAGAGCCUCUUCCAAGCGGGAGGCCUUGGAAAAGACCAUGCGGAACAAGAUGGACAGUGAAAUGAGAAGGCUGCAGGACUUCAACCGGGAUCUCAGAGAGAGAUUGGAGUCUGCAAACCGCCGCCUGGCAAGCAAGACACAAGAGGCCCAGGCAGGCAGUCAGGAUAUGGUGGCCAAGCUGCUUGCUCAGAGCUACGAGCAUCAGCAGGAGCAGGAGAAGCUGGAGCGUGAGAUGGUACUGCUGCGCGGCGCCAUUGAGGAUCAGCGGCGGCGUGCCGAGCUGCUGGAGCAGGCUCUGAGCAAUGCACAGGGCCGGGCGGCCCGAGCCGAGGAGGAGCUGCGCAAGAAGCAGGCCUACGUAGAGAAGGUGGAGCGGCUGCAGCAGGCACUUGGGCAGCUGCAGGCUGCAUGUGAGAAGCGUGAGCAGCUGGAGCUACGUCUGCGGACGCGCCUGGAACAGGAACUCAAGGCUCUGCGUGCGCAGCAGAGACAGGCAGGCACCCCCAGUGGUGGCAGCGCUGGGCACCCAGAGCUCAGCGCCUUGCGGCUCUCAGAGCAACUGCGGGAGAAGGAGGAGCAGAUCCUGGCGCUGGAGGCCGAUAUGACCAAGUGGGAGCAGAAGUAUUUGGAGGAACGUGCCAUGAGGCAGUUUGCCAUGGAUGCAGCUGCCACGGCCGCCGCCCAGCGCGACACCACUCUCAUCCGACACUCCCCACAGCCCUCACCCAGCAGCAGCUUCAACGAGGGCCUGCUCUCCGGUGGCCACAGGCAUCAGGAGAUGGAAAGCAGAUUAAAGGUGCUCCACGCGCAGAUAUUGGAGAAGGAUGCAGUGAUCAAGGUUCUGCAGCAGCGCUCCAGGAAAGACCCCGGCAAGGCCACGCCAGGCUCCCUGAGGCCUGCCAAGUCUGUGCCAUCCGUGUUCGUGGCUGCGGCAGCAGGGACCCAGGGCUGGCAAGGGCUCUCUAGCGAGCGGCAAGUGGAUGCCACUGCCCGGCUGGCUACAGCAGACAGGGCCCCCACAGAGGAGCCGGUGGUGGAAGCUCCCCUCCCUGCCCACACCAAACACGGGAGCCGAGAUGGGAGCACCCAGACCGACGGGCCCCCAGACAACGCCACUGCCUCCCUGGGGCUGGAGCCCAACAGCCUUCUGGGGUGCAGCAGUGGCCAGAAAACAGCCUUGCCGGAUUCUGUCGCUACGUCCAGAGUCCAGGACUUGUCAGACAUGGUGGAGAUACUGAUCUGAAGGAGGAGGUGCCCUGGGGACUCCGAAUCACGCCCUGCUCUCCUCUGCCCUGCGCCCCUCUCGGCCAUUCCAGCAGCGCUCUCCAACUGUGGCUUCCCCGGUGUCCCCAGCUGGGCACUCAUGACCAUGUGGCCCCAGCAGCUGAGGACAGCUGCUGCUGGGGAGAGAGCGGUGGGGAGAGCACCCGUACCCAGGGAACCCUGUUUCUCGGCCUCACGUUCCCCGGUGCCCAUGCAGACUGGGGAGUCCCCCUCUGCCAGCUGCCCACAGCUUAUUGUUGGGCCAGCAACGGAAAACUCAGAAGGGAACUGAGCCCUCUCUGGGCCCCCAGGUGCCAUUAAGGCCGGGAAGGAGGGGAUAUAUUGGUUUGGGGGCUGAUUUGCAAGGUGGGCUGCAGUGAACACCCAGGGGGCUGGUUCAGUAAUCAAGUGAGCCACGUUGUUUCCCCCUGGCUAUGUGUGCCCCCUGCCAACCUCAUCCCCCUCCAGCUCCUCACUGCCUCCUUGGGAUCACUUAGACUUGCAUCUUCCGGGGACUAUUGAAGGCAUUAGUGCUGCAGAAGCCUUACCGCCUCACUUGGAGUGGCUAGGGGCCCUGUAAGUGGACUGGGAUGCAUUGUGCAGCUUGUGUAUAAUGCCCUUCCUGGUGGAACAGAAGAUCAGAGCGGCUGCUUCAGAUUUGUCCCCACAUUCUAUGCUCCCAUCCUGCAGUCAUGGUUCCUGUAACUUCUGACCAGCCUCCCAGUGCUCUGUCCUUCUCAAGUUCAUGGCCUAAGGAUUCUGAUACAGGUUGAUCCACGGCACAUUGGCUAUCUCCCUCUGUCCUGAGCCCUGUCUUAAAUGCCCAUGGGACUCUCUUCCCCAUCACCAGCCUCCUGAAAUGGCUCCACAGCUCCUGUCCCUGGGACAUCCUGUUAGUUUGUUUAUGAACCCUGAGCCAGAUGAAAUGAGCCAGCGCGCGCAGACACCUGUCACGGUGGGCUCCGCAGCGCCGCUUCUUCUGAAGGAAACUGGAGAGGUUGCCUUGUUCUCGUCAGUCUUUAUUCCCACCUGGAGACACUGGGAGAGGUAUGUGGCCAGCGAGCUACAAGAUGUGACUCAUAGUCCUCUGAAGAAUGGAGCCCACAUCCCAGAACGGCACCCACGAGGCUGGCCCCUCAAGCUACCCGUGCCCAGCACCCUGAAAGGGCCAGUGCUCUGGAAUUAGAACGAAACAUCCCCAUGGCAGCCUGCCAGCCACAGUGACUGACUUCUGGUCUUUACGAGUCCCCCAACUCAGCCCCAGGAGCGAUCGGUGGCUGUUAGCAGUUUGUCUUGACUGUUUUCAGUUCUCCUUGAAUCUUUGUUUUUGCCUUUACUGUUUUUAGGUUCUGUGUGUGUUAUUUUAUUUCCAUGGUUCCUCAAGUUUCCUUUUUAAACAUUUGCAUUUGCUGGACAAUUGCAUAUUUUUUUAAACCGCCCCUCCCACCACCCUUCUUGAAAGCUGAAAAAUACAUUUGGUUCAUGUGCAUUGUUUACAAAGAAAAAAAAAGAGAGGGAAAAAAAGGCAAAAAAAAACAUGAAAGAAAAAAAACAACUUAAUAUAUUUUGGAUUAAUAUUUGGUUAUUUCUUUUAAAGUAUUUUUUGUGCUGUGAACAUUUUCUGCCAAAGACCAUGAUGUGUGUCUGUAUGUUUAAGUUAUCAUAAAUAUUUAAAAUGUAAACAUGGCUGUUUUGUUAUGCCACCCUGUACCAGGACUGCUGCUGCAUUCCGCUGGGUAUAACAGUAUUUUAAUAAAAAAUAAAUAAU